GGGCGGGUGGAGGAAGCGCUUCCGGCGCUCUGCGGUACCGCCGGCGGAGCACGCACCGGCUCGGGAAGCGGCCGGUGAGCAGGAGGGAAGGAGGGCGGGCGGCUCGGCGGAGCCCGUCAGCCGCCGCGGAGGAGAGCGGGGCCGCUAGCGGGGGUGGCCUGGGCUCGGCGGGACUCUCCGGUGGUUUCCCCUCAGGAGUAGCGCCAUGGCAGCGGACUCGGAGGUGCUGCACUUCCAGUUCGAGCAGCAAGGGGAUGCCGUGCUGCAGAAGAUGAACCUCCUGCGGCAGCAGAACCUCUUCUGCGACGUCUCCAUUUACAUCAACGACACGGAGUUCCAGGGGCACAAGGUGAUCUUCGCCGCCUGCUCCACCUUCAUGCGGGAUCAGUUCCUGCUCAAUCAGUCCAGGCAGGUGCGGAUCACCAUCCUGCAGAGCGCCGAGGUGGGCAGAAAGCUCCUGCUCUCCUGUUACACCGGCGCUCUGGAAGUCAAAAAGAAGGAGCUGCUGAAAUACCUCACUGCUGCCAGCUACCUCCAGAUGGUUCACAUUGUGGAGAAGUGUACUGAAGCUUUGUCGAAAUACCUGGAGGUUGAUGCUUCCAUGGAGAACCAGGCUGCGGAGAGGUGCCAUUCCUCAGAUGCUGAACUGAGAAACGGGGAUGAGGGUUUAGAUAAAGACUGUGAAAUAAUUGAGAUCUCUGAAGACAGCCCAGUGAAUGUUGAGUACCCUGUGAAGCAGGAGACUGGGGACACCUUGCAACCCAUAGUGCAGAGCGUGAUCUCGGAAAGGAAGGACCCCAAACCCUCGGAAAUAUCAACAGUUGAGAUUGGAUACAAGGAUGAAGAAAUCUGUAUCUUCAGAAUGGAUUCUAUGAAUGUUGCAAAUGUAGAUAAUGAUAAUUUUCCUCAGCCUUGCACUUCCUCUAAAACAAAUUUGUAUUUUCCAGAAACCCAGCACUGCUUGAUAAAUUCUACAGUUGAAAGCAGAAAUACAGAAAUGCCAGGAAAUCACUUCCAGCCUUUAGUCAAUGACAAUCCAGAAGGAACUUAUGGUGGGACAAACGGCUUCCAGAGCGUGGAUGACUCCAGCAAUUCAUGGCGGCACCAGUGUCCAAAGUGUCCCAGGGGAUUUCUGCACCUUGAGAACUAUCUCAGACAUCUGAAAAUGCACAAACUCUUCUUGUGUUUGCAGUGUGGCAAAACAUUUACACAGAAAAAGAACCUGAACAGACACAUCCGGGGGCACAUGGGCAUCCGCCCAUUCCAGUGCAUGGUGUGCUUGAAGACCUUCACAGCCAAAAGUACACUCCAGGAUCACCUGAACAUACACAGUGGGGACAGGCCCUACAAGUGUCACUGCUGCGACAUGGACUUCAAACACAAGUCUGCUCUUAAAAAACAUUUAACUUCCGUUCAUGGAAGGAGUAACAGUGAAAAACCAAACCUGGACACUGUUACGACGGUUAAAAUAGACUAUGAUUAAUAGAUGGGUGGGAUUGUCCACAAAAAGCUCCUGCCUAGUGAAAUUCUAGGUGAAAUUCUAGAUACGGAUUCCUGGAGAGAAGCACAAACACGAGUGGUGGUCAAAAACAUGCCUUGCAAGCAGCAAACUUGCCUGCUGCUUUAAGGUUCCUGUUGAUGUAAGUGCGAAAAAGGUGUUUACUAGCCAAAAGCAAACUGCAAAAUAGGGGAAAUUAUUUCAUGCUUCUCUUCUAUUAUUCUAGUUGCAUUCUGAUUUCCUCCCCCAGUUAUUCUUUGCACUCCCCUGUUUCAAGGGCAAGUGCUGACAAUUUUUAAUCUAUUACCAAUAUUGCAGUAAACUGAACCCUGAGUGAUGUUUGUGACCCAUAGUGGCUAAGGAAAGGGGAUGUUUGUAUUUAUUCAGUUAGUUGUUCCCACCCAGCUCAUGUUACCGUUUACAGUGAAAUCAUCUCCUUCCUUGCCCAGACUUUGCGAGAUCCUUCAACAGAAAGAAGGCAUGUUUUCAUACUCAAGUCUGUGAUAAUUAAGAAAGAACACAGAGCAAACAAAAGAUAAUCAAGCUUUCAAAUCGCCUCUUGCAAAUAGUGAAUGGGUAAAAGAAAAACAGUGUUGCCUUGCAGUUCAUUUUCAGCUGAAGAAGAAGGAUUUGCUUUCAGUUUUAUGAAUGAGUUCUGAAUUUUUCUAAACAACUUCUGACCUUUUUUUCCGUCAUACCCGUUUUGCACCUAUAUUUGACUUAUUCUGAAUAAGUUAUUUGUGUUUGUUGAGUUGUAACAUUUGCCUUCAUUUUUUUACAAGACACAUAUGCUCGUAUGUAAAAUGAAGCAGUGUGCUGAUACAUAAUAGCAAUUUCUACAUUACUUUUAAAAAACAAUCCUGUAUAUCUCAUUAGGAAUGGCUUAGACAUAGAGGUCUUCUCAUACUCCUAACUCUGUGAUACAGUAAAAUGGUAAUGGUGUGUGUUUGGGUAGGUGUGUUUGUACUUUGUCAAAGGUUAUUGCAGUUUUAUCACCAGCAUCCAAAGCCAUAUAAUGCAGAAUUCUUCAUCCUGUACCUGUCUUUGACUGGUAUAUGUUUCUUCCACUUAAUGUGAUAUGAAUAAAGAGUCAAUUCAGUUAA